GGCGCACGUGAAGCGCGUACGGCCUGCUUGAAUAAAGUACUGCACAUUAUCAACCUGUGAGCAGAGCUAAAUGUGUUAUUAUAAUUAAUUAUAAUAAAUUAAGUUUCAUAUGGUCUCAUUAGCAUGACAUUUUGCUGAAAUAUAACAAUGGGAAUAUCAUGGAUUUUACUUGUUUCAAUAAUUGCAAAAUUGUCGUCUGCUAUGGAACGCCAUUACUUUAUUGCAGCAGAAGAAGUUGCUUGGAAUUACGCGCCGUCUGGACGAAAUCUUGCCUCUGUAGACAAUGAUGCGUCCCGGGAGAAGAUUGACCGUCGCCAAGAUAGAAUAGGCAGUACAUACAAGAAAGCCGUAUUUCGGGGAUAUUCGGACAAUACAUUCACGAAACCACUUCCGCGUCCGGAAUGGGCCGGGCUUCUUGGACCACUAAUCAAAGCAGAAGUAGGAGACGUUGUGGUUAUUCACUUCCAGAAUUGGGCUACCGGAAGCAACUUCAGUAUUCACCCUCAUGGCUUCUUAUACAAUAAGGCAAAUGAAGGUGCUCUGUAUAUCGACGGAACGAGCGGAAAGGCUAAAUACGACGACGCCGUACCACCAGGUGGCAGUAUAACAUAUAUAUGGCAUGCUGCCAAAAUUCACGCGCCAACACCUCAAGAUGACAACUGUGUAGGUUGGGGUUACCAUUCUCACGUGACUUCACCGAAGGACAUCGACACUGGCCUUGUAGGUCUAGCAGUUAUUUGUCGAAAAGGAACACUCGAUCACUAUGGUAACCGCAUGGAUGUAGACAGGGAGCUGUACCUGUAUUCAGACAUUGCAGACGAGAACAAAAGCUGGUAUUUUGAUGACAAUUUAGGUCUAUGUGGCAAUCCACAGUUGUGUAGGCAUCUAAAGAAAACUCAAGAUGAAAAAUUCAAACUUAGCAACGAAAAAUACCACAUAAAUGGGUAUAUUUAUGGUAAUUUGCCGGAUUUUAAAGUAUGUGAAGGGGAAAAUGUCGUCUGGUAUUUUAUGUCAUUGAAUCUUGGAGUUCACACAAUGCAUGCUAACGGACAGACGAUGGUUAUAGAGAAAAAGCGAACGGACACUGCAACAUUGCAAUCUGCUAGUUUUUAUUCUGGUUAUAUGACCCCGAUGAACCCCGGUAGAUGGCUUUUCUACUGUAGAAAUCUGUUUCAUUACACAGAGGGAAUGAGAGCAUUCCUAGCUGUCAAGAAAUGUAAACCUCGUAAAACAUUGAUUAAACCAUUAUAUAUCGACAUGAAGAAAAAGGUGAAAAAGAUCAUUCCAAGGACGAAAAUAUACUAUAUAGCAAUAGAAGAAGUCCUUUGGGACUAUGCUCCAGGAGUAAACGCAAAGAAAUUUCCAGGUGCUGACAGGUUCUUGCAGCAAGGAAGGCAACGGAUUGGCUCAGUAUACAAGAAAGCAGUUUAUCGUGCAUACACAGAUAAAACAUUCACCAUGCCUAUACCACGUGGAAAGCGAGAGUUGCAUUAUGGUCUAGCUGGUCCUCCUAUCAAAACUGAAGUCGGUGAUCACGUCAUCGUUUACGUUAUGAAUAGAGCUUCGAGACCAUAUUCGUUUUUGGCCAAUGGUGUGUCCAUUUCAAAAGAGAACGAAGGAGCAUUUUAUAAAAACAACCGGUUUGACAAGCUGGAGACGGGUUAUGUUGUCCGACCAGGCAGAGUUCGAGUUUAUGAGUUCAAUGUACCAAAGCAGGUAGCACCUACACCAUUAAACACAGAUUGUAUCACAUACGUGUAUCACUCUGCAGUUGACCUACAAAAAGAUAUAUAUACCGGGCUUUUUGGUCCACUGCUCGUAUGUAAACCAGGAACUCUUUCAUACAAAGAUAAACAGGUCGGCGUAGAUCGAGAGUUCUAUCUAAACUGGAUGGUAAUUGAUGAAAACCUAUCCUGGUAUAUUGAUGACAAUAUCAAAGCUUUCACAACACAACCGUAUACAGUGAACAAACAGGAUCCACAGUUUCAGUUGUCAAAUAGGAUGAGAUCAAUUAACGGGCGUACUUUUGGGACGCUUAAAGGAUUGGACAUGUGUUUGGGCGAUCGUGUCUCGUGGCAUAUGUAUGGUUUGGGACAAAGAUUCGAUCACCAUCACUUCAGUUUUGAGGGUAACAACUUCCUCCAUGAAAAUCGUAAGCUUGAUACAACCUCUGUGUUACCUGGUACCGGACAAACUGUAUCAAUGAUUACUGAUCAAUCAGGUAAAUUAUUACUACGCACUGGACAACUUGCGUUUGAAUCAGAAGGACUAUUUGCUUGGUAUAACGUCAUGGUGUGUACGGGGAAACCCCCAGCGAAGAUUCGUCCGCCGCGUAUUAUACCAAUGGUGAAGGGAGUAAUACGUCGGUAUUACAUAGGUGUUGUAGAAGGUGACUGGGAUUAUUGCCCGGACAAAAUAGAUCCGAUAACCGGUGAAACUCUUUUUAAUCCUGACAAACCGGCCUACAAAUAUGUCCGAGACGAUCCGAUGUUUGUUGGGAGCAUUUAUUACAAGGCAAUCUACAGAGAAUUUACCGACGAAUCUUUCCUCCAUUUAAAAAAGAGGAAACCUGAAGAUGAGCAUCUAGGAAUGUUAGGACCAUUUAUCCGCGGCAAUGCUGGGGAUACUAUUGAAAUAGUGCUAAAGAACUUCGCUAAAUACCCUUACAAUAUUGUUCCAAGAAACGUAGUAUUUAAAGAUGGCGCACCAAUCACGUCAGCUUUACCGACAAUGCCAGGUAAAACCCGUAUAUACCGUUACCUAAUUCCGGAAAGAUCCGCCCCUCUCCCAAGCCAACCAAACUGUGUUGGUACCCUGUACGCGUCUCGAGUUACACCAAUGAAUGAUACGUACAGCGGGUUGUUUGGACCAAUGGUGAUUUGCAAACCUGGAGUACUUGAUCUUUCUGGGAGGAGAACCGAUAAGGUAACAAAGGAGUUUGCAACUGCCUUUGUGAUUGUGGAUGAAAAUAGAAGUAACUAUAGAAACUUCAAUUUUAGAACUCGAGCUCCUGCUAGAAUGAACACAUCAAAUGUUGAGUUUGUUAGAAGUAAUAGUUAUAGUACUAUUAACGGAUAUAUCUACGGUAAUCUAAAAGGACUAGUAUUUAAUCAAGGCGAGGAAUCUGCGUGGUAUAUAUUUGGACUAGGGUCUAUUUUUGGUAUCCAUACUGUGCAUUUCCAUGGUCAACUUUAUUUACGGACAGCUUCUUUAACAUUGAAACGAGAUGUGCUAGAAAUAUUCGCGGGAACUUACGAGACUGUUGAAAUGAGGGGAUAUAAUCCGGGUACUUGGUUGUAUCAUUGUCACGUGAGCUUGCACACAGCCGAUGGUAUGAAAGCAGUGUACACGGUGUUACCAAGAAAAACACCAAUAAAAAGAAAAAUCACUUUUGGAAAACAUAAACAAUUAGGAACUGAUUUUGGUAUCAAGACUUUUUCGAAUUUGAAAGGAUUCCAUAAGAUUGGUAUAUAAAUACCUGAGCAUCAAAAUGGAGGAGCUAGGGAAUGGCUAUAAUAUAAUUUAGUUUCUUAAUUUAACACUUAUACCUUUGUUUAUUAAUGAUAUUCAUUAAAUAUGCAUUUUAUAGUGCUACUCGACAACAGACAUAAAUAAAUAAAUUAUUAAUCUUUAAAUCACCUUUAGUGUUAUAUCUCAGUGUUCUUUUUAAUAAAUGGACAUACGAAAAAUU